UUUGGGGAGUUUAAGUGUUCAGAUUCAGACAAGAAGUGUCACCUGUGGACUGUAGUGGACUUGGCCUUCUUUAUCAUCAUGGGGGUGGUUGGUGGAUUGCUGGGGGCCAUGUUCAACUGCCUGAAUAAAAGACUGGCUAAGUAUCGUAUGAAGAAUGUCCACCCAAAGCCAAAGCUUAUCAGGGUCUGUGAGAGUCUGCUUAUCUCUCUGGUCACCACAGUCAUCGUCUUUGUGUCAUCGAUGGUUCUGGGGGAAUGCCGGAAACUUUCUCCUCCAACUGACUGGAACAACGGCACCAUGUCUAUGCAGUUUUCCUCAUCUGAUGAAGUCAAUUCCAGCAUCAGGACCUUCUUCUGUCCCAACAAUACCUACAACGACAUGGCCACCCUCUUCUUCAACCCUCAGGAGUCCGCCAUCUUGCAACUCUUUCAUCAAGAAGGCACUUUCAGCCCCAUCACUCUGUCUUUCUUCUGCUCUAUGUACUUCCUCUUGUCCUGCUGGACGUAUGGUAUUUCUGUGCCUAGUGGUCUUUUUGUGCCCUCCUUGCUCUGUGGAGCUGCCUUUGGUCGUUUGGUAGCUAACCUCCUGAAAAGUUACUUGGGAUUGACCCAUAUCUAUUCUGGAACCUUUGCCUUGAUCGGUGCUGCGGCUUUCCUCGGGGGCGUGGUCCGGAUGACCAUCAGCCUUACAGUCAUCCUCAUCGAAUCAACAAAUGAGAUCUCGUAUGGCCUGCCUAUAAUGAUCACACUCAUGGUAGCAAAAUGGACUGGUGAUCUCUUCAAUAAAGGGAUCUAUGAUGUCCAUAUUGGACUGAGGGGCGUGCCUUUGCUGGAGUGGGAGACCGAAGAGGAAAUGGACAAGUUAAGAGCCAGCGAUAUCAUGGAACCCAACCUCACCUAUGUAUACCCUCACACCCGCAUCCAAUCCCUGGUCAGCAUCCUGCGCACUACCGCCCAUCAUGCCUUCCCUGUAGUGACUGAGAACCGUGGAAAUGAAAAGGAGUUCAUGAAGGGAAACCAGCUGAUCAGCAACAACAUCAAGUUUAAAAAGUCCAGCAUUCUGACUCGAGCUGGUGAGCAGCGGAAGAGGAGUCAGUCUAUGAAGUCUUACCCGUCCAGUGAACUGCGCAACAUGUGUGAUGAAAAUUUGGCCUCAGAAGAAGCCUCUGAGAAGGAGGACAUGCUGCAGCAGAUGUUAGAAAGAAGGUACACCCCUUACCCUAACCUGUACCCUGACCAAUCCCCCAGCGAGGAGUGGACUAUGGAAGAACGCUUCCGUCCAUUGACCUUCCACGGCCUUAUCCUGCGCUCCCAGCUGGUGACGUUACUAGUCCGGGGUGUUUGCUACUCAGAAACGCAAUCUAGUGCCAGCCAGCCCCGUCUGACCCAUGCAGAGAUGUUGGAAGAUUACCCACGUUACCCCGACAUUCACGACGUCAAUCUAACACUCCUAAAUCCGCGGAUGAUAGUGGAUGUCACUCCUUACAUGAACCCAAGCCCCUUCACGGUGUCACCCAACACACACGUCUCGCAAGUCUUUAACCUCUUCAGAACCAUGGGGAUCAGACAUCUCCCUGUGGUCAAUGCAGUAGGAGAGAUUGUUGGCAUAAUUACACGACACAACUUAACGCAUGAAUUCCUACAAGCCCGCCUCAGGCAGCACUAUAUGACCUCCUGA